AUUAAAAAAUGGAUAAACCUACAACCAGCGCUGCUGCUGCCGCGGCACAGGAUCCCAAUCUGCUCCUGGACUCCCCACAACACGGACCAACUUUGUCCAGUGCCUCCAGUUUCGAGGCUCUGACGCGACACGACCCAAAUCUCAGUCGACUGGCCACGAAAAUGUUCAACAAAACAGAGGAGUACAUCACCCACGAACUCAACGCUCCUCUGGAGGAUUACAAGCUGCUGGAGGAGAUGAACAAGGCCACCAUCGCCAAGUACAAGGAUAUGCGGCAGAUUGCCGAGAAUCUGAACACAUCGACCAGUGAAUUGAGCCUCAAGUUCCAGCAAUUGGCUCCGAUGAUGCAGCAAAUCGAUGAGAUCUCCGAUACGGUGGACAAAUUGGAGGCGGCGGCCUAUAAACUAGAUGCCUACAGCAUAGCACUGGAAAAUCGCGUCAAGUGCGUCCUUCAACGGAAAUCGGGAGGCGGUCAACUGACCCAAUAAGACUACUCAUCUACAAAGGCUUUAUGGUACAUUUAUUAUAGUAUAUUUUAUGUCAACCAAGUAAGAGUUUAAAUAUAAUCGCAAUUAUGUUAAGGAA